AUGCACGACCAUAUUGUGGAGGUGGAUUUUGAAGAAUUCAUGCAAGAAUUUGUUCCGGGCCCUAAUCCAUCCGACGAAGAAAGAGCCAAAUUCAAGAGUUUUGAAUGCGUAAAGCUUGACGGGCUUGAGGUUGAUAUGUACCCUGGUUUGUGCGAGGUCUUUCAAUCCGUUCUUGAUAUCGUUCCCGAUGGUGGCCUUACCGCUAGAGACACAGGUGAAUAUCCUGACAUGACCGGUACCGAGGAUGCCAGGGACAAAAACAUCACCAGAUUCGAUAUUGGCAUUUAUCCUACCACUGAGGCCGCGAAGGCAGCGUAUGAUAUCCCUCGGAAGCAGUUGAAGCGAGGCAAGUCGUCUGCAAGUCGCAAGUACUACAUGUCACGAGUGUCUUGGGCCUGGACCUGUGUUCCUAUCGAGGUCAAGAAUGACUAUCAAAAAUCCGCCUUCGAAUUUAAGGACCCCGAGAAGUAUUUCCUCCGCACCGAUGCCGCGGAUGGCUUUGAGACGCUAGGACAGAUCACCGAGUACGCAGCACAAGUACUCCUACGCCAGCACCGCCUCUUCUGCUUCAUGGUAUUCAUCUGCAAAUCUCACGCGAGAUUGAUUCGAUGGGAUCGCACCGGUGCGGUCGCCUCCGAGGGAUUCAACUACAUCGAGGAUGCAGAAAAGCUGCACAAUUUCAUGUACAGGCUGGGGAAGAUGAACGAUGUUCAACGGGGUUAUGACCCCACUGCUGUCCUCGCCACGCCUGACGAAGUGGAGGCGAUGAGACGCUGCGAGAAGAGGCUGAACGAUUAUCACAAAGGAUGCCUGAAAGACGCAAUGUCCGACGGUUGGCCUAUCUACAAGAUCGAGUUCAAGCCGGGUGACGUCGUCGACGUUUCUGGCAAGACUGCAUCUUCUUCUCGGUCGAGAUAUUACUUGAUUGGACGAGCACGGUCGUCUAGUUAUUCUCUCACUGGCCGUGCAACGAGGGGCUACGUGGCAUACGACAUGACCACAGAGAGGCUGGCAUUCCUGAAAGAUACCUGGCGUCCUGAUUCAGCCAACGUCCACCCUGAACGAGAGGUUUAUGAACGGUUAUAUCGAAGCGGCGUUCAGAAACAUGUUGCUACACUUAUCUGUGGAGGGGACGUGGACCUCAACCCGCAGAAGACCCGCACGCAGGAAUUCAAUGAUGACCUCAUGGGUCGGAUCCACUAUCGCAUUGUCGUGAAAGAGGUUGGUCGGCCGCUGGAGGACUACGCUAAUGUUCGCGAAAUGAUUAUCGUUAUCUGCCAUGCAAUUCGGGCUCACCAUGAUGCGUGGAUACGAGCCGAAAUAUUGCAUCGAGAUGUCAGCAUCGGCAACGUCUUGAUGGACCAGGAUCCGGACGCGCAGGGAUAUCUUACGGGCACUCAACCAUGCCUUGGCUUCCUGAACGAUUGGGACCUUUCCAAAUAUAAGGAAGACUUGGACGGGAGUUCUGGACAGAAAGGUCGCUCUGGCACUUGGCAAUUUAUGUCUGCUCUAUUGCUCAAAUAUCCUUAUAAACGACCUGAAGUUUCUGAUGACUUGGAAUCGUUCGUUCACCUCGUGCGUUGGCUUGCACUGAAGUACCACCCGCACAGCCUAUCUGGUUCAGCUCUCUUGCAGCAGCACGUUGAGAUCACGUACGACUCGUGCGUGCGCACCCAAUCCGGUCACUACGUUGGUGGACACGAAAAAUUCUUGCAUCUGAAAGGAGGAAUGCUCCCAUUCGCUGUCUCGGGCAAUCCUGCUCUCACAAAUCUACUUAACUCUUUGGCUCAGCUGUGCCACGAGCAUUACAGUGCGGUUGAUAUUGAUGCGUUAGAGUCUUUGGCCCCGAAGAAGUCUACCGGCACUGCACUACAACCUGAAUCAUUCACGUACGAAGGCGAAAUGCCGGAGGGUUUCUCGGACGAUCAUCUGAAGCGCUUCCCCAAAGCCGACGUGAAGCAAUCUACGAGCCCUGCGAAAGGGGCAUUACUUUUGGCUGACCACUCAGCGAUUCUUCUCAUCUUCAAUGACGUAUAUGCGCAGAACGGCCCAGUCUGGAUCAGCGACAAGCAGGAGAAUCAAUUCAUAUUGUUCGAUGACAAGAAAUCUCUGCAAUGCUCGACGUCCCUCCUGGGUAGUAAACGGAGGUCGGAGGAAUCCAUUGACGAACCAAGAAAGCGACUGAAAACGCGAGGACGUCAAUCACGAGUAGCUGGACCUUCCCGCUCCAAAGGCUCUGGGAGUACGCGUCUCCCUUCACUGCUGCACUCGAUCCAGGAAGCCCUGAGCUCAGACUGA